AUGCCGUAUGGCAUUUCCUACCUGUCUCCAAGGAAGAAAGCAGCUGAAGACGCGGAUCGCCUCCCGAGCGGAACCAGCAAGUUCACGCGAACGCCGCAGUUCUUGGCGCCCGCAGUCCGGCGGGACAGCUGUAAGAGACUGCUAUGCCAAAGAAGACAGGGCGGUGGAAUCAGCAGCCGGAUCCGCCGGCCACGUCGACGACUCUGGGCCAGAACGGGCGCCCCCAGUGCCAAGCGGACGCCUUCGCUGAUUCGCGAAGACUUCGCCGAACCCGAGAACCAACUUGGACCGCUAUGCGUGGCCGCUAUUCCGGCUUCGUCCGACGUGCAGGAAGACCGCGUGGAAGACCCGAAGAGCGGCAGAACAGGUCUUCCUGUGGACCAAGGUCGAGGCUCUGUCCACCACCGAAGGUCUGCCCAUCCCCGACCGACGACUGCUGCUGCCCACCGGGGUUCCGAAGCGUCGGCGUCGUCUAUCGGGGCUGUACACGUCCUCUACUCCCCCGGCAGGCCCUCUGGUUCAAGUGUAGCGACGGUCCUGAGCCGCCGCGACUCGUGCCUUCGGUUCCGGGUCCCAGAGGACGGCAGCGUGAGGAUGGAGACAAAUCGGACACUCUCCGCCUACACCGCCGCGACGUCUAGCCAUUCGGUGCAGCUGCAUCUGCCACCCAGCCACCUCGACGCAGACUGGCGUCGCGAAAGGACCAAUGUGAACGUGCAGCACCGUUUCUACGUGGCGCGUGGCGAAGUGGCGCAUCUGCGUCGGCGGCUGGACUGACACUAUAGUGGUCGGGGCUGAGGCCAUGCACACCUCACCGUGGUCCAUGAAGCCGAGACAUGGACAGCAUGCCGUCCCCGUGAGGGUCGGAAGGCUCGCGUAUCGGCAUCGGGAAAGACGCCUGCCGAUGCUUUCCCGGCGUUCUCGCCAUCAAAGGCGAAAGGGAGUGUCGCCUUUAGGCCACCGAGGCGCCACAAGAAAAAGAUGUGGACACUACGUAAAAUAUGCGCCUUCCUAUUGCUCAAUUAGAUCAAGAGCAUUCGUUCAUGUUUUAAUGUAUCUUUGUUAAUAAUUAAAUGUUUCA